AUGGAACAAUUGAAAAACUGUUUUGAAGUUAUGUUUAGUGGAAUGAAGAUGAAUCAACAGAGCUGUACAAACACACCGAUUUCAUCAUCGAUUAUCAGAGAUGUUUGCGAUGAUAGUUUGUUGAAUGGAAUAUGUGAGAACAAUAAUUGUGAUCAAUUACAUUUGACAGAAUCAAUUCAACUCACCGAUGGUCAUUUUCACGAUCGUUUAUUGAAUGAAGCUUGGUCUUGCACGAUUGAAUCAAUUGAAAAUAUCGAACAAUUCAUCGGAAUAACAAAUGUUCACAAACCAUUCAUGUGGGAUGAGACAUUCUCUAUCAUUCCUGAAACUCUCAAAUCGAAAAUUCGACUUUAUGAAACAUACGGUAUUCAUCCUCGCUAUCUGGGAACUCAUCCAUUCAAUGAUUUACUUUGUCUUCGGCAUCUUAUUCAAACACGUCCGAUGGUCGCCGUUGGUGAAUGUGGCCUCGAUUUCCUCAACGCUGAACAAUUAUCGUUACAGAUGGAAAUAUUCGCCUCACAAAUCAAAUUGGCAAAUGAAUUUCAUUUACCAUUAGUCGUUCAUUGUCGUCAAAUGGAUCAACAAUUGUUUGAUAUUCUGAAACGAACUGUGUUGGAUGGCUCUAUGAAAAUCCAAUGGCAUUGUUGCCAUUCAAGAGGUACAUCGAUCUAUCGAGAAUUUCUCGAUUAUUUUCCAUCGAGUAUCUUGAGUAUCGGUGGUAUGUGCUGUCGUACGAGUGAAAGCAUCCUGCACGACUUCAUACGCGAAUUGCAUGAAACAGGAAAUCAACGAAGAGUUGUAUUGGAAACGGAUUCACCUUAUUUGAAAUCAUCUUCUGUACUCAUCAACAAAGAGAAUAACUGUCCGAUGUUAGGCAUAUUAGCAGUUAGUGCUUAUAUAACAAAGCAUGUCCUCAGAAAUGAUCAAUGGGCAAAUCUUUUGAAAAGAAAUACAAAUGUUCUUCAACAAUUUUUUAAUUUAAAAUGA